AUGAAUCAUUCAGACGGUGCUUAAUCCCCUCCCUUAUUUGGUAUGUAUCCUCUACCAUAUUGGGCAACAAAUUCACAAUUUCUUUUAAUGAUGAAUUUUUAGAAUCCAUUGAUGAGUCCAAUUCAUAAUUUAGGUUCACCAAUUUUAACUUCCAACAUAAAUUUUCCUCAGCCACCUAUCAAUUUUGAUAUCAAAUGUGAUUAAUGUAAGGCUUUACAAUGUAUAUCUAGCCUAAAUUGUCAAGGAAACACCACAACCCAAACAACCAUAACAAUACUUUAGUCAAAUUUAAACUAUACAGUAAUAAAUUGAAGAAAUGAACUAUGAUGAUAUAACACUUGAAAAUCUAGAGCAAAUGAUACAUUUGAUAUUUGCAAAUUCAUCCAAAUUUAAAAAAAUUAUGUAGAAACUGAAAGAAAAAAAAUGUGUGAAAGUCAUUAAGAUUUUGGAUACUUUGAACAAGAAAAUUAGAUCCUAAUAGAAGAGUAGAGAAGAAUUAAUCAAAUUUUGUCUAAGAAAAGCCUUUAGAGAGAUCUUCCAUUAAAUCUAAGAAAAAAAUACAAAAUCAAGUAAUUCUAUCUUUUACACUUUAUUAGAACUGAAUCUCAAAGCUGCUUCAAAGCUCUUUUAGCAAUCUUAUCAGGCAGAAAAACUAAAAUAGAUAUCCUUACCUUUUAGAAAAAAUAGCAAAAUUAAAACCAUGAAUAACCAUUUUUUGCAUGAAUUAUUCUAAUCUAAAUAAUUUUAAGAUUAGUACAAGACCUUUUUAGGUAUUAUUCCAACCUACUUUUAGAUAAUCUUGAUACAAUCAUAGAGAAUGACAGGAAUAAAAAAAUUAAAGCCUUAGCCGAAAAAUCUUGGGAAUUUAUCUCAUCAAAUAGAAAAGUAUCAUGUUCCAAUACAAUUAAUUUUAGGCAUACAAUGUUAAAAGAUUACCUUGGUCUAUUAAGAAUAUAGAAAAACUGAAAGAAACAGCUAAUGAGUUGCUAAAUUACUGCAAGGAAUAAUAAAAAUGA